AUGCGACUACUCCACUUAAUGACUCUGGAGCUCAGAGAAUUUUUCAACGAGGACGCUCCACCGUACGCGAUUCUGUCGCACCGCUGGGGCAAGAGCGAAGUAUCCUACAAAGAAAUGCGCAAGAGGCCUAAUCUGAAGGACCACCCUGGGAUGGCCAAGAUUGAGGACUUCUGCGGGGUAAAUCAGCUGAAGCCGGUUGGAUGGGGUUGGAUUGAUACAUGUUGUAUCGACAAGUCCAGCAGCGCCGAGCUCUCAGAAGCGAUAAAAUCCAUGUUUGUCUGGUACAGGGGCUCCGAUUUUUGUUGUGUACACCUCGCAGAUGUUUCCUGCGCCUCAGGGACAGAGCAGGCUUUCAUAGAGAGCGAAUGGUUUACUCGAGGAUGGACACUACAAGAACUCAUUGCACCGACGACAGUCCUCUUCUGUGAUGCCUCAUGGAGACUCCUGGGUCAUAAGUGCAGCCAUGCCCCAACUUCUUGCCAGGAGCACGGACAAGGAAAAUUCCUCAACGCACAGAUCUCGCACGCCACAAACAUUCGCAUAAGAUAUCUGCAGGACCCACAAGCAUACACGAAGGCAAGCAUAGCUUGUCGUAUGAGCUGGAUGUCGGAGAGAAAGACAACGAGGGUAGAAGACAUUGCCUAUUGCUUGCUAGGCAUUUUCGAUGUGCAUAUGCCACCCUUGUAUGGGGAGGGUCACCAUACGUUCCGGCGUCUACAGGAGGAAAUCAUCCGGAACUUCGACGAUCAGUCCAUAUUUGCUUGCCGUAACCCAGGAAUACGAAACAGGCAAAUCUCACAAGAUUGUCCUAACGCUAGAUCUUAA